AUGGAUGUUCCCAUCAGUGGCCAGGACUUGCAAUGCCUGCAGCUGGCCUGUGCUGCCCUGGGCCUGCUGGCCGGCAGCAUCAUUAUUGGGGUGUCUGUUUCAUCUGCAGCAGCCGCUGUGGGGGGCAUCUUCAUCGGAGCUGCAGGUCUGGGGCUUUUCAUCCUGGCUUAUCCCUUUCUGAACUCUCGGUUCAACCUGGAUCGAUUCCUGCCUUCCCUGGGGAAUCUAAGGAUCCACCCCCAGCCUGGGAACAGUGGAGAGGAAGGGGCCUCCAGUGGCAGAGGGAAGAGUGAAGGAAUAAGGAGUCAUAUACCUAACAGUCUCUCUACUGUGAGCCGGACCCUGGAGAAGCUGAAACCUGGAGGUGGCAAUGCUGGUGGGAGCUGA